AUGUCGACGCCACCACAGUCAACAAACUUGAACAUGUUACCAGAUGAUAUACUGAAACACAUACUCUCUCUACUCCCAACCAAAGAUGCUUUCAGAACAAAGUUUGUUUCCAAUUCGUGGGUCCCACUAUGUGAAUCGCUCAAUGUCCUCAGCCUCGACGCUAGGGAUAUGACCACGUACAAACCAGAAAGGACUCACUUCUUUCAAUUCAUGAAAGCAGUUUUGCUUUCUCCGCGCCAUCCCCUCAAAGCCGUUACUCUUUUUUUGCAUUAUAAUGUCCAGAAGCCUUGCUUCAAACUAAACCGAUUUGUCGAAGCAGCAAAACGCCGCGGCGUCGAGGAUUUGGAUAUAUACUGGUAUUGUGGCGUUUCAUCCCCAAGUAUUUUCUGCAGCAAAACACUUGUGGUCCUGAAAUUGUGGGGUAUUUCUGUACUCAGUAUGGUUGGUUUUUCUAUUGAUCUUCCCUCGCUCAAAACCCUUGUUCUCUGUGACAUUCGUUUCUAUGAUUUGGAUGAUUUAAUGAAAGUUCUUUAUGGGUGUCCCAAAUUGGAGGAUUUGACUACUAAUGGUGUUAGGGGAAAGUCGGGUUUCAUGUCUACAAGAUACUUUGAACCUUUAUCCAACUUGAUCAAAGCCACUACCUGGUUAUUUGAGGAUCGAGACACAAUUCGUCAUGUGGAGUUUCUAACUCUGUCUAAGCCUUCCCAACAAACAAAUUAA